AUGGACCCCAACAACCCAGCACUUUACUCCUCUGUCAAAGGCGGCCAACGCGAUGAAGGUGGUUUCCGCGUCAAACGUCAAACCAUCCAGGCCCAAAACACUAUUGAUGGUGCUGAGAUCUCAGAAACUAUAAAAGAAGACUCUGCCCAGGGUGCACGAUACGUAAUUGACGGAAACCUCCGCCGAGUACCUCCAUAUUACUUCACAUAUUUGACCUUUUGCAAAAUGCGCUGGCGCGACCGCAACCUGUUGGAGGUCUUCACAUCAGAAUUUCGCGACAAAGAUCGUGAUUACUACCAUGAGGCUAUUGCAACAGGUCAGGUUAUGCUUAACGGAAAAGUUGCUGAUCUUGAUACAAUUGUGCGCAACGGCGACCAGAUCAGUCAUCGUACUCAUAAGCACGAGCCUCCAGUCACUUCGCGGCCGAUCAAAAUUGUGUAUGAAGAUGAUGAGCUAGUUGUAAUUGAUAAGCCGUCGGGAAUUCCCGUUCACCCUACUGGCCGUUAUCGGUUCAAUACAGUGGUCAUGGUUUUGAAGCAUGAACAAGGCAAAUAUGUUCACCCCUGCAACCGUCUUGAUAGACUUACAUCUGGUCUUAUGUUUCUUGCAAAAUCUGGUAAAGCUGCAGAUAAAAUGGGUGCACAACUCCGCGACCGAGAAGUAAAAAAAGAGUACGUUGCUCGUGUCAAAGGCGAGUUUCCACUCGGAACUAUCGUUGUUGAAGAGCCCAUAGCCACCGUCGCCCCAAAGGUUGCAUUGAACCGUGUUAAACCUGAUGGGAAGCCUGCUAAAACCGAGUUUCAUCGUAUUUCGUAUGACGGUGAGACCAGUAUUGUCCGCUGCAGACCUUUCACUGGCCGCACGCAUCAAAUUCGAGUCCAUCUUCAGUACCUUGGCCAUCCCAUUGCCAAUGACCCCAUCUACUCCAAUGUUUGGGUUUGGGGUGAAGAGCUUGGAAAAGAUGGUGCUGGUGAUGAUGCCGAGCUAGAAGCUCGUUUGUCGGAAAUUGGUCGUUCGCGACCUGCCAGCACUUGGAUUAGCCCAGUUGAUUACACACCAUUUGAACAACACGCUGGUGAUGCAAAUGGCAGUUUUAUUCCCAAGGGCCUGGGUGAGGCUCUUGCACAUGAGAAAUGUCCCGACUGUAAAACCGAUCUCUACACCGACCCAGGCCCCAACGAUUUAGACCUUUGGCUUCACGCUCUCACAUACUCCUCUAUUGACCAAUCAUGGAGUUACGCAACACCUUACCCUGAGUGGGCUCUUGCACCCAAUCGUAAGUUCAUGGAAAUGGCAAUGGACGAAGCCCGCAAGUGUGAGGGGACUACAACCGCCUUUUCUGUUGGAGCCGUUCUUGUCAAUAAUGGAAAGGUUCUUUCAACAGGAUAUUCACGUGAGCUGCCAGGAAAUACCCACGCUGAACAAUGUGCUUUAGAAAAGUACUAUAAAGAGACUGGUGUACAAGGAACUGUUCCACCAGGCACUGUUAUCUACACUACAAUGGAGCCAUGCUCGGAGCGGUUAAGUGGUAAUUUGCCAUGUGUUGACCGCAUUCUGGCUACUGCUAACAUUAAAACUGUAUUUGUUGGGGUUGUGGAACCCGAUACGUUUGUAGCAAACAACACUGGUAGGUCUAGGCUGAAAACGGCAGGUAUUGAGUAUGUACAUAUUCCGGGAUAUGAGGACGAAUGUCUAGCUAUUGCUACAAAAAAGCCUGACGAAGAAUCUAAAGAACUCAAGGAAGAGUCCAAGGAAGAGUCCAAGGAAGAGCUUAAGGGCGAAUAA